AGUUUAGAAGUCACCGUGCUUCACUACACAACCGGCAGUGUCUCAGCAACUCCCGAAUUUGACGUGUCUUAAACGUGUUAAAGCCAGCUCAAUUAGACCUGACUUCAGGCCAUCAAUUUCUUCAGUUAAAUUGGAUGUGAGAUAAACGCGCGUUCUGAUUGGUCGAGCUCCGCCAGAUGAGAAUCAGCUGCCAGUAAUCAGCUGAGCCAAGUCACGCUGUCCUUGCUUUUAUGUGGAGCAGCAAAAUCAUGAAUAAGUUUUCGCGAGGGAGCCAAGAGGACCCGACCUUCCCGGACUCUCUCGCAGGCUUCGGAUACAGUUUUCAAGAUGGAAAACUUCGGAAUAUUGAGACCGGCCGUCCAUUUGAAUUCGUGGUUCGCGUAGGUGACCAGGCAUACAACCAGAAACAUUAUGAAGCACUGGGAGAGGUGGUAACAGAGGAAGUGUACAAGCUCUUAGAGACAGAAUGUGGUCUAACACGAGCAAAGGUCCCGUACAACUGCAAAGAGGACGAACCACAUACUUUUAUAUUUGUGUCAAAGGAUGUGAUGACCAAUGACAAACUCAUGGUACUCAUUCAUGGCAGUGGAGUCGUGCGGGCAGGACAAUGGGCUCGCAGGUUGAUUAUUAACGACACCUUAGACUCAGGGACACAAAUUCCAUAUAUCAAAAGGGCCAUGGAGGACGGUUAUGCUGUCCUAGUUAUGAACACAAAUGACAAUUUUCGGAUCAAUAAGAAGAAGAAACAAGUUCCCAUAAGAGGAAGCGAGAGUCCGGAGCGUCACGCCGUCCAUGUCUGGAAGUACUACCUGCAAGGCACCCAGGCGAAGUAUGUUGCUCUUGUGGCGCAUAGCUUUGGAGGGUGUGUCACCACGGCACUGUUUGAGACAUUCAAAGAAGAAUUCCAAAAGCGUGUGUUUGCGGUGGCCAUGACGGACUCGGUCCAUUUUAUAUACAAUUUCUCGGCGUUUAAGGAGCUGGUUAAGAUUUCACGCAACUGGGUGAGAAGUCAGCAGCAGCUGGGUACCAAGUUGGAGACAAAGAAGGGUGACAUCCAGCAAGUUUCAUCAGGAGUGAGGAUUCACGAGGAGACGUCCUGGGCGAGCAUCGACGGCGUCUUCGAGUACUUCCGAAGGCGCUACGACCAGGUCGUCCUCGGGGCAAGCAAGACCCAAGAGAGCAGCAGCCACGACUCGCCUGAGGAUUCUGGCGACGACUCUCCCGACUUGGCUGACUCGGAUGCUGGCGGGGGGGGCGGGGCAGGGCCAGCGGGCGGGAGGAGGGAUAGGGGGAGGGAAGGCGAAGGACGGGGGAGAGGAAGUGAAGGAGGAGGAGGAGGAGGAGAAAGAGGAAAGGUAGAAGAAGAAGAAGAAGAGGAGGAAGGAAGAGGGAAAAAACCCAGAGGGAAAAAAAUUCACGACAUGAGUGACUCGGGGAACGAGGGAGGCAGCGACGGCGAGGCGAUGGCGUCUGGAGGAGGAGGAGGCAGAGGAAGAGAAAAAAGAGGAGAAAAGGGAAGAGGAAGAGGAAUGAAGAAAGGGCAGAAGAAGGAUGUUUAUGGGAAGGAGAAGGAAGAGGAGGAAGAGGAAGACAAGAAAAAGGAGGAGGAGAAGAAGGAUGCCCAGAUGGAGAUCGACGAAGAAGGAGAGAAGGAAAUGCCGAUGAAGAUGGAAGAAGAGAAGUACUUGCCGAAAAAACAGAAAAUAAGCAAAUGAAGAACUCCUUUUGGGGGGAUUUCGUUGCAGGGUGACCUUAAAUAACGAAAAGGGAGGAGGAGGAGGAGGGAAGGAGAGGGAGAGAUGGAGGAGGAGGUGGUGGGAAGGAGAAGAAGGAAGAGAAAGAGGAAAAUGAGAAGGGAGGAGGAUAGAGAAAGAAUUGGAGGAGGAGGAGGAAGAGAGGAAGAAGAGUAGGAAAAGAGGAGGAGGAGGAGGAGGAGAAAAAGAGAAAGAAAUGUUGCAGAGAGAGGUAAAAGAAAAGGAAGAAAGCGUCAGAAAAAAAUAGGAGGAGGAGAAAAGAAUAAGAGGAGGAACAAGAAGAGGAGAAUCAAGAAAAAGAGGAAAGAGGAAAACACAAGAGAAUAAAGAGAGAAAAAAGAAGAAAGUAGUAGAAAGAAUAACAACAACAACAAUAAUAAUAAUAAUAAAAAAAUAAUAAUAAUAAUAAUGAUAAUAAUAAUAAUAAUAAUAAUAGUACUUAAGGAGUCCGUCGUGUGACCUGAUUGUUAGUGAUGGUUUAAGCUGGCUGUGAAUUCUGUGUUAUAUGUGUGUCGCAGGUACGGCUGUGUUACACUUGGGGGAUUUUUAGCUGUUUUGCACAAGAAUAUUCAUGGGAGUGAAACGAAAAGAAAAAAAAGAAGAAACAAUAACACUAUUUUUGUAUAAUUUUAAUUUGGUGAUUUUUCUUACGGAAAAGUAUUUUUUGUUGUUGUUUUUACAUUGUUCCUCUUUUAUUUUAUUUUCAUUUUUUUUUGUGUGUUGCUUCAUUGUUGUGUACGGUGCCACGCUUUGAAUAUGAUAAUAAAAUUGAUAAGAUUAA